AUGCAGUCCCAGCUCGUUGCUAGAACCAUCAGCCGCGCCGCCGUCGUCGGCGGGCGGCGCUGCAGGCCCGCCGCGGCGCCGCGCCCGGCGCCCCGCUGCGUGCGCGUGCGCGCCUGGGAGGAGGAGCUCGAGGAGCUGCCGCCGCUGAACCAGUGGCCCGACCCCACCUUCACCGCGGCGGUGCUGGAGGCGUUCCCCGAGCAGGGCCUGGCCAACGUGGAGGAGGCGCGCGUGCUGUACGAGAACGGCUGGACCUACCUCGACGUUCGCUCCGAGUUCGAGUGCGACGAGAGCGGCAAGGUGAAGGGCAGCGUGAACGUGCCGUUUGUGACCAUCAAGCGCGUCUACGACCCCGAGAGCCAGCAGCGCGUGAUCAAGAAGACGGAGAACAAGGACUUCAUCAAGGGUGUUGAGAAGAAGUUCCCGAACAAGAAGGCGGCCAAGCUGCUGGUGGGCUGCUCCAACGGCAAGGCCUACUCCCUUGACGUGCUCGAGCUUAAAGCGAGGUCAGCCUGA